AUGCACUCACUUACCGUCUCCAGCGCCGGGGUGUCGGGCCUCACCGCGGCGCUGCUUCUGUCCAAGAGCAGAGCCAACUCUGUGACCGUAAUCGCGAAGCAUAUGCCCGGUGACUAUGACAUUGAGUACACAUCGCCUUGGGCUGGUGCCAACGUCUUGCCCAUGGCGCCGGAGUCAGAUAGCAGAUGGGAGCGGAGGACCUGGCCCGAGCUCAAGCGUCUGGCUGCCGAGGUCCCUGAGGCAGGCAUUCACUUCCAAAAGAGCGUGGUCUUCAGACGUGAAGUGGACGCGGCGUCUAGCAGCCCUUACGAUGCUCUCUACGCCGUGGACCCGUGGUACCGCGAUCUCCUCCCCGACUUCCGUGACCUGCGCGCCGACGAGCUCCCAGCCAACGCCCAUUCGGGCUCCGAGUUCACCUCGGUCUGCAUCAACACGGCGCUCUACCUCCCUUGGCUCGUCGGCCAAUGCCGGAAGAACGGCGUCGUCUUCAAGCGCGGCGUCAUCGCUCACAUCCGCGAACUCAAGGCGCUGCACCACUCCGGCAAGCCCGCCGACAUCAUUGUCAACAGCUCAGGGCUGCUGGCAUGCAAGCUCGGCGGCGUGGAGGACAAGAAGGUGCUGCCGGCGAGAGGGCAGGUCGUAGUGGUCAGGAACGAGAUCGAGCCGAUGGCGACCAUCUCGGGCACUGAGGACGGGCCGACGGAGGUGUGCUACAUGAUGACGCGGGCGGCGGGCGGCGGAACGGUUCUUGGUGGGACAUACGACAAGGGCAACUGGGACCCGAACCCGGACCCGAACAUUGCAAACCGCAUCAUGAAGCGGUGCGUAGAGCUAUCCCCGGCCUUGACGGGCGGCAAGGGCGUCGAGGCGCUGGAUAUUAUCCGCCACGGUGUCGGGCUGCGGCCCUACCGCGAGGGUGGCGUCAGAAUGGAAAUAGACAAGUCGACGUUUGAGGACGGGACGCCAAUCGUCCAUAACUACGGCCACGCUGGAUGGGGAUACCAGGGGUCAUAUGGGUGUGCUGAGAGGGUUGUUGAGUUGGUAAACCAGAUCCGCGCCGAGAAGGGAGAGAGGCUGUCGAACGAGCCCAAGAUGUUUUCCUGGGAUCGGGCUAGUAAGUUGUAA